UCAGAUCUACUGCUGGUGGCAUCAUGGAGAAGAUUACAGAGAGACUUCUGCUGGAGAAAGGUUCACCACAGACCAACAAACUGCAACACAUCACCAAUAUCAAUCUCUCUCGGUUGGGGUUGAAGAAUAAAGACCUGCCUGUGGCCCUGCUGAAUAAGCUGACCAGCCUGCAGGUUCUGGAUCUUUCAGGAAACAUGUUGCAGAAGCUGCCCGCUGCCCUUUCUUUCCCCCGUCUGAGGGUUUUAAACCUCUCCAGCAACGACUUGGAGGACGUCCAUUCACUGGAGAGCCUGAGCAACCUGGAAGAGCUGCGACUGGAGGACAACCUGUACCUCACCGUGAGCGAUGAACACAGGGUGAUGUUCCUCUUGCCCAAGCUGAAGAUUUUGAACGGGAAGGACGUCAGUUCGACAGCCAACCACAUUCGCUACGUCAGCAGUGAGAUUCUCAGGAAGCGGGUGAUUGGCGUGUGGGAGAAGGACUUCAGUCUUCCUGAAACACAGACCACACAGGGCCUGGACACGCUUGAGAAGAAAUUCGUCGCGGCCGCGUGCUUCAGGGUCAAAUACGGCCCCAGCUCUUUAAACGACUACACCAAAUGGAGGGUGGAGAUGAUUGCCAAGGAAUACCUGAAAUCUUUGACUAAUCCGGACCAGGAGGAGGAAGGAAGAACAACUGAACAUGAUGAUACGGUCCAGUCUCCCUCCAAAAGGAAGAGCAGCGAUCCAGACGCCAACGUCGAAGCCGAAAGCCCUCGUAAGAGAAGAACCCUGAAUGAAGCAGCAGCUCCGGAGGCCAGUCCGCGCAAAUCAACCCGACAGGCUAGCUCCGCUUCGCUCGAGGCAAGUCCAAGGAAAUCAAGCCGACUGCAAGACGUCCCGAAGUCGAGCCCGAUGAAAUCCGUGAAGGCGCCCGCUCCCGAGGCGAGCCCGAGGAAAUCCAGUCGGGUACCUGUCCCUUCUCAAAAAUUCGAUGCCACUGCAAGUCCUAGAAAGUCAGCACAGGCAGCUGGGAAUUCCUCGACGGGAAAGAAAAACCUACAGGAUCAGCUGACAACCCAAAAUGCAGGAAAACCCACCAGGACUGGACAUGGGUCACUCCGGAAAGCAGCUAAUUACCAAGUUCCUCAGGAGCCGGCCAGUCUGCAGCCUCUCCACGUCCUGCAGUGCCACAGCAAGAACGACAGUCCGGACGAUUUCAGCACCCAGCUGUGGGCUUGCGCAUUCGAGCCCGUGCAGGACAACAGCGACGACGCGUCGGCGCCUACGGUGGCCACUUGCGGAGGGGAGACGGUGUGCGUGAUAGACUGUGAGUCCGGUCACGUGCUGAAGAAAUACAAGGUUCCUGGGGAGGAGUUCUUCACGGUGGCCUGGACUACGGUGUUAAUGGCACGGGAGCACGGCACUGCCCGGCCCUGCUCUGUGCUCGCCGCAGGGGGCAAGAGAGGCAUGGUGAAGCUCAUUCACCCCAGAGCCAACCUGGCAUACGGGGAGUUCCGCGCCAGCCGGCGUGCCAUAUCCAUCAUGCGCUUCUACACCAGUUUCCUGUUCACUGGUACCUAUGACAACAAGAUUAUCAUGUGGGAUAUUGGCGGCCUGGAUCGCGACUACAACUACACAGCCAGUCAGCUGCUAGUUCUGGAGACACGCUCCUCUCCUCUGCACCUUUGCUUGCCACCGUCCUCGCCCGACACACACCUCCUCUCGGCCUGCGAUGACGGCCUGUACAGCUUCAACAUCCAGCUCGGCAAGAACGUAAAGAAGAGGAUGGAAGAGAUGGAGAUCAUAUUUCCCGUGUACAAGAGGAAGGACAAGACGAAUGAUUACCGCACUAUUGAUGGUCUCAGCUUUCUUACAGAUGAUCUAGUUGCAUCAAAGAGUCACAUGCAGGGCUCGAUCUACCUGUGGAGCUGGAAAGGCACCAGGGCGAUGCACCAGGGCAAGAAAAAGGAGGUGGCCGCCGUGAUCCUGGCCGAGCUGCAGUGGGCCAAGACGGACAUCCCUUACCUGUCUCUCAACACCUGCCCUGGCUUUGGAUACGUCGUGUGUGGAGACGAGAAGGGAAGGCUCUGGACGUACCACGUCACAGACGCUGCAAAGGCGGCCUUCAAGAGUGGAAAAGCUAUUCCAGCCACUGAGGUGCUAGAGUGGCCAUCUCCUGUAAGAAAAGGCACGGGGCCAGUUGAAGGACCCUCCAUCAACAACGUUUGCAUGGAUCCCAAGCUUCGUUACUUAGUUGCAUUAAGUGAUAAGAACAUGGUAGUGGUUUGGAAGCAAGGAUCUCAGCCGUAAACUGAUGAACUGAAUUGAACUGAACUAAUUGUAAUUCCGUCAUGCUGCUGUCUACAUCUACGUUACAUGUACAUCCUGCUUCAGUGCUGAUCCAGUAUCAGUGCUUGUGUGUAAUGCUCCUUUUCCAUUGCACAGUACCCUACGGUACAAUACGGUACUCAACCAGAUCCAGAACUAUACGUACAGUAUCGAAUGUGUUGUUUUCUGUUUUAAAUUGCACAAGGGUACUUGUAAAAAUAAGAGUUUUUCGUCCCACCAAUACGACCCACUUUGGUACACUUGGUCCCUGGUCAACAAGGGUAGCCAGACUUAUCAUGGGUACGUUACAUUUACAUUUUCGGCAUUUAGCAGACGCUCUUAUCCAGAGCGACUUACAGACUUACUGUAUUGGUACAUGGUUCCAAUACAGUUGAACUUAGGUGCCGGCUUGUUCAGGGUAUAUGAAUCGCAGGCCGGGCUCACACAUACAGAAGGUGCAUGGUGGUAUGCGAGCGAUCCUAGCCAUUGGUGGGGACACAUCAGUGCACCUUUAGGAACCUGGAACAGGUUUGCAUCAGUAAACUGCUAAAUCAGUCAUGCUGAUGAAUAAUCCACUGCGGUGACCCCUAAUGGGAGCGGCCGAAUGGAAUCAUUCCCUUAGGAGCAGGCCGGAUCCUUGAUGGGUUCAUGUACUGCAAAUGUAUCGUGCUGUAGGAAAAGAAGCAUACGUUACAGUUUACAAGAGAAGUUUUGAUUGUUUUACGUUACUUUUAUUCUUUUUUUUUUUUGUAAAUAACAUUUUUAUGUAAAAAAAAAAAAAAAAUGUACAGAACUAAACAAUGUUAAACAAGUAUGCAUGUGUGUAAUUGCAGUACAUACGUAUGCCAUGGUCGAUUAUACCAUUAAAACCUAAAAUCAUGACUAGAUAUUGGUCAUAAAAUGUUCCGAAAAUGCUUCUGGGUCGUUUCUUUUCUUUUGGUUGAUUAUAAAAUGUGGUGCUGAUAAAAUUGAUUACAUACUUUCAACUUUGUGGAAACAGUUUGGGAAAUGCAAGGUCCAUAAAUA